AUGAAUUCGAUGGGUUUUAAAUGCAACAUUUGCGCUGUAGAAUUUGUUAACAGCAUGGAAUAUCAAAAGCGUUGUGAACUACAUAAGUUAUGUAAUUUAUGUAAUCAGAUGUUUAUAAAUUCUCAAGCAUUAGAAUUUCAUUAUGGAACUCAUCACAAUCAGCAACAACAAGGUCAAUAUAAUUUUGAGCAUGACGAUAUUCAUGUUGGACAAUACAAUAAUCAUGGGCAAUAUAAUUAUUCUGGAGAAUAUAAUCAACAACUACAACCAUAUCAAAAUAAUCGCCAUCAUCCAUAUCGUUUACAUCAACAACGGAAGAAAGAACUUCAUAGAUCACAGCAGCAACAACAGGAACAACACAGUUUUCAUCAUCAACAGCAACAAUAUCAAACAUACCAAUAA